CGGGGCGCGCGCGGGGUGGGGGGGUGCGGACCACGUCGAGCGGCGUAGACAAAGGCGGGCGUGCGCACGCUGUGACGUAGGCCUGGGCCGGCGGCGGCGGGCAGGGCAGGGCAGGGCGGGAGCGGCAGUGGCAGUCGGCGGAGACUGGAGCCGAGCCUGACGGCCGCUCUGGCAGCAUGUAAACAACCUUUUGCCAAGAACCCAGGUCACUGCUGAGAAGGGUGCCUUAAGGGAGAAGACUAUCAGAGGACACCAAUGCCAGGCGUGUCUGGAAUAGUGCUCGGUACAGGCAGCAUGAGACGUUCUGUGCCAGCCUCUGUUUAUUACUGGCAAAGGCUGGGGCUCUCCGGGUAGGAGGGUCCUGGGGCAGCCAGCACCAGGAGCCCCCCAAAGGGAACAUGGGACCAGCUAUGAACUCUUUACAGUGAACUCAGUUUUAGCUUAUGAAGGAAUUUUAAGUAAAAAUUACUUAAUUUCUGCAUACCGACAUUCAGAAGCCUUUGGUGUGAAGUGCCAGCAAUUGCUCUUGUCUACUGGAUUUAUCAGGAUUCUUCUGGCACCAAGGUGAACUCUUCUCGGUACUUCUGGCAAUACAGCCCUUUAGGACAAAUUCACCUGCUGAAUGCUUUGGAGCAGGAAAAAAAGUAAAACCUUGGAAGGAGCCCACAUAGCCGAACAGAAAGCUCACCCUUGCCGCUCACUUGCCCAGAAACAGUCCAGACUCGAAUGCUAUUCCUGAAGCCGUGUCCUGCCUCGUUCACCACAGCUCUAUCUGCACCAGAGAGACCUGGAAUUCUGAGGUGCUCCUGUGGCCCUUCUGUACUACUGUUCGGCACCACAGCUCUGUAUUCAGGCAGUUGGAUGAUGUGAACUUUGAGAUGGAGUUUGUCACCUGUAGGGGACUGGCUUCCUUUCCAAGGCUUGUGCUGUCGGAAGGGAUCAUCUGAAGACGUGUUUGUGUGUGAAAACCAGCCUGACCUGCAUCCUCCACCAUGUUCCUGUUGCUGCCUUUUGAUAGCUUGAUUGUCAACCUUCUGGGCAUCUCCCUGACUGUCCUCUUCACUCUGCUACUUGUUUUUAUCAUAGUCCCUGCCAUUUUUGGAGUCUCCUUUGGAAUCCGAAAGCUCUACAUGAAAACAUUGUUAAAGAUCUUUGCGUGGGCUACCUUGAGAAUGGAGAGAGGAGCCAAGGAGAAGAACCACCAGCUUUACAAGCCCUACACCAACGGAAUCAUUGCAAAAGAUCCCACUUCUCUGGAAGAAGAAAUCAAAGAAAUUCGUCGAAGUGGUAGUAACAAGGCUCUGGAUAAGACACCAGAGUUUGAGCUCUCUGACAUCUUCUACUUUUGCCGGAAAGGAAUGGAGACUAUUAUGGAUGACGAAGUGACAAAGAGAUUCUCUGCAGAGGAGUUGGAGUCCUGGAACUUGCUGAGCCGAACCAAUUACAAUUUUCAAUAUAUAAGCCUACGGCUUACCAUCCUCUGGGGGUUAGGAGUGCUGAUUCGGUAUUGCUUCCUUCUGCCACUCAGGAUUGCUCUGGCAUUCACAGGGAUUAGCCUCUUGGUAGUGGGUACUACCAUGGUUGGAUACCUGCCAAAUGGGAGGUUUAAGGAGUUUUUGAGUAAACAUGUCCAUUUAAUGUGCUACCGGAUCUGUGUUCGAGCCCUGACAGCCAUCAUUACCUACCACAACAGGAAAAACAGACCAAGAAAUGGUGGCAUCUGUGUGGCUAAUCAUACAUCUCCCAUUGAUGUGAUCAUCUUGGCCAGCGAUGGCUACUAUGCCAUGGUGGGGCAGGUGCACGGGGGCCUUAUGGGUGUGAUUCAAAGAGCCAUGGUGAAAGCCUGCCCACAUGUCUGGUUUGAGCGUUCUGAAGUUAAAGAUCGCCACCUGGUGGCUAAGAGACUGACUGAGCACGUACAAGAUAAAAGUAAGCUGCCCAUCCUCAUCUUCCCAGAAGGAACCUGCAUCAAUAACACAUCAGUGAUGAUGUUCAAAAAGGGAAGCUUUGAAAUUGGAGCCACUGUUUACCCUGUUGCUAUCAAGUAUGACCCUCAGUUUGGCGAUGCCUUCUGGAAUAGCAGCAAGUAUGGGAUGGUGACGUACUUGCUGAGAAUGAUGACCAGCUGGGCCAUUGUCUGCAGUGUUUGGUACCUGCCGCCUAUGACCAGAGAGAAAGAUGAAGAUGCUGUGCAGUUUGCUAACAGGGUGAAGUCUGCCAUUGCCCGGCAAGGAGGACUGGUAGACCUUCUGUGGGAUGGUGGAUUGAAAAGAGAAAAGGUGAAGGACACAUUCAAGGAGGAGCAGCAGAAACUGUAUAGCAAGAUGAUUGUCGGUAACCACGAGGACCGGAGCCGGUCCUGAGGCUCUGCCUGGCACUGGCUGGAGCCGCCACCUCUCAAUCCUGACAAGUGAGCCAGCUGGAGUUGUGCCACAACCUCUCCCACCAUCCCCGCCACCCACUGCUGCAUCUUCCAGACUCUGGCCCUCAGGCUGUUCUGGACUCCAGGACUCCUGAGUUCUUCAGAGCCCCAUGUACUGCCUGCUGCCCUCUACCCAGAAUGCUGCUGGCUGGGGCUCCCUGAGACAAAUGCCUCUUGUUCCUUUAUAGUAAGCCUCUAAGAGGAAUGCCAUUAAAGCAGAUCUGUUGUGUGCUAGCUGGUGGGAAGGCGGGCCCCAUUCUUGCCAUGAGAGAAUGUUGUUGUUACUGUGUAGGGACAGCUACAUGCUGGAGAAAGUCAGAAGACACACUGCCGAGGCAGGUGUCUAAACAGCCUCCAGCCUUGGAGCCUUUAGGUGGGACAGAAAGAAAACUGUCUACAGGAGUGUUCGUUCCGUUCAGCAGAUGGAGUCCUACGUUCACAAGUCAUGUGUUCCUGCUUACGAAGAUCACCAGAGGAGAUAGGAAGAAGCCAGUGGGCCCCUGGCCAGCUAGCGAGCCCCAGGAGUCUUUGAGUCGGACUCCAGGCUGGGCCUGGGUCCCCCACCUGACUUGUGUGUUUACUAUGUCUCAGUUUCCCUGUCUGUUACAUGGAAUUGCAGAGGGUGAUGAUAACCUACCUCACAGGGUUGUUGUGGGGGUUCCAGUGCUAGCAUAUGAGAAGGAAAUGGAUGCUGGUCCACAGGGAUGGCUUCAUAGAACAGGGCAGGACGAAAAGGUCAGAGCUCACAGCUGCUGCCCAGGAUUUUAAACUUGUUUUGUGAGUAAAUAAAACUGGAUGGUAAAUGAA